AUGGAGAGCUUGGGCUUGCAAGCAGUGACCCUUAGUGACGGGACGACAGCCUACAUUCAGCAGGCUGUCAAAGGUGAAAAACUGAUUGAAGGGCAAGUCAUUGAACUUGAAGAUGGGACUACAGCUUAUAUCCAUCAGGUGACAGUUCAGAAAGAGUCUGUAGCUUUUGAAGAUGGUCAACCAGUAGUGUUGGAAGAUGGCAGUAUGGCCUACAUACACAACACAGCUAAAGAAAGUUAUGACCCCAGCACCUUCGAGGCCGUCCAGCUGGAGGAUGGCUCCACUGCCUAUAUACAUCGUCCUGUCAUCAUGCCACCUGGCAGCACCAUCCUGGAAGUACAGGCAGAAACUGGGCUAGAGGAAUUGGCUGGAGAGGAGAAAGAUGAUGCCUUUGAUGUUGAGGACAUUAAUGCAUUAAAGCAGUAUGCCAAUAAGGAAGUGCACAGCAGUGAGAAGGGGCAGCAGGUUGGCAGUAGAGCUUUCCGUUGUGGGUACAAAGGCUGUGGCCGCCUCUAUACCACAGCCCACCACCUAAAGGUACAUGAACGUGCUCACACAGGUGACCGGCCAUAUACGUGUGACUUCCCAAGCUGUGGGAAAGCAUUUGCUACAGGAUACGGGCUGAAGAGCCACAUGAGAACACAUACUGGUGAGAAACCAUACAAGUGUCCAGAAGAUGUGUGUAGCAAAGCCUUCAAGACCUCUGGGGAUCUACAGAAACACAUCCGGACACACACAGGUGAGCGUCCCUUCAAGUGCCCCUUUGUGGGCUGUGGCCGCUCUUUUACCACAUCCAACAUCCGCAAGGUUCACAUCCGAACGCACACAGGCGAGCGGCCGUACAUGUGUCCAGAGCCCAACUGCGGAAGGGGCUUCACCAGUGCCACCAAUUACAAGAACCACAUGAGAAUCCACACAGGAGAGAAGCCGUACAUGUGCACUGUGCCGGGCUGUGGAAAGCGCUUCACCGAGUACUCCAGCCUCUACAAGCACCAUGUGGUCCACACGCACUGCAAGCCCUACACCUGCAAUAGCUGUGGGAAGACUUACCGCCAGACCUCCACGCUGGCCAUGCACAAGCGCAGCAGCCAUGGCGAGCUGGAGGCUACGGAGGAGAGCGAACAGGCCCUCUACGAACAGCAGCAGCUGGAGGCUGCUGCUGCUGACAGAGGCUCCCCCCUGAAGAGCCAGCAUAUUGCUUUCCUGUCAGAGAUUGAGGAAGAUGAAGAGGAAGAGGAAGAGGAAGAUGGUAUGCCUACGCAGGUCUCACUUAUCUCUCAGGAUGGGACAGAGCAGGUCAGUUUGUCGCAGGAAGCGCUGCAGGCCCUGGGCAGUGCAAUCAGCAUGGUGACGCAGAGCGGUGCCCUCGCCGUGCCUGAGGAAGAGCUGGCAGGUGGCAACACACACACCGUGACUGUGGCCAACACGGAUGGCAGCGAGACGCAGCCGGUCACCAUUGUCACUUCUGGGGCGGUCGUGUCUGAAGAAUCAGCCAUCGCAUCCCUCCAUCCUCAGCAGGUGGCGUUGCUGGCUACUGCCAGUGGCACCCACAUAGCAGUGCAGUUAGAAGAGCAGCAGAGCCUGGAGGAAGCCAUCAGCAUGGCCGCAGCAGCAGCCCAGCAUGAACCUGUAACACUUGACGCAGCCGUGUCUGAGAAUGGGUGCUGA